AUGAACUAUGAAGUGGCAGAAACUGAGUAUGAUGUUCCCUGGUUGCAGGAAGAGUGUGAAGAGAUUAAAAACCACGAGUCUCCAGCCGGGUUUGUUUGGCCGCCUGUCAUCAUGCUGUCUGUUGAUGGCUUUCGUGCGUCUUACAUGAAAAGAGGAAGCAUGGUGAUCCCCAAUAUCGAGAAACUCAGAUCAUGUGGAACACAUGCACCAUACAUGAGACCUGUGUACCCCACCAAAACCUACCCAAAUUUGUAUACAAUUACAACAGGGCUUUAUCCUGAGUCGCAUGGAAUUGUGGGUAACUCCAUGCAUGAUCCUGGCUUUGAUGCCAACUUUAACAUUCGAGGGAAAGAAAAGCUCAACCAUCGAUGGUGGGGAGGACAACCUAUCUGGAUAACAGCAGUGAAACAGGGAAUAAAGGCUGGUACAUUUUUCUGGCCAGUUGUCAUUCCAUUGGAAAGGAGAGUUCUGACCAUGUUGCAGUGGCUUCACCUUCCGGAUGCGGAGAGGCCAUAUGUUUAUGCAAUGCAUUCUGAACAGCUGGAUUCCUAUGGCCACAAACUAGGACCCCACAGCACUGAGCUUGACAGUGCACUGAAGGACAUUGAUAUGGUGAUUGGACAGCUAAUGAAUGGCCUGAAACAGAUGAAACUGCACCGUUGUGUCAAUAUCAUCUUGGUUGGAGACCAUGGCAUGGAGGAAGCUCAUUGUGACCACACAGAGUUCCUGAGCACUUAUAUGUCCAACACUGAGGACAUCAUCCUAAUUCCUGGGUCACUGGGAAGAAUCCGAGCCCGAAAUCCAAACAACUCUAAAUAUGAUGCAAAAGCAAUUGUAGCAAACCUUACGUGUAAAAAGCCAGACCAGCACUUCAAACCAUACUUAAAGCAACAUCUUCCCAAACGUUUGCAUUAUGCCAACAACCACAGAAUUGAGGAGGUUCACUUGAUGGUUGAGAGGAAACGGCACAUAGCACGGAAGGUCUAUGAAUCAAAAAGGAAUCAUGGGAAAUGUGGGUUUGCUGGUGAUCACGGAUAUGACAAUAAAAUCAACAGCAUGCAGACCAUUUUCCUUGGAUUUGGUUGAGAGAAUGAUUGUAGUACAGGUAGCAGAGAGUAUGGCAGAGUAGUACAGAGUAGUU